AUGUUAGACGUUUUCCGCGGUUUAAAAAAUCUAAUAAAGGUGAACUAUGUGCACAUCGACUCACCGGUGUUCAGGUUGCACUACUCUAUCACAGUUAUACUGUUAAUAGCCUUCAGCCUCAUAGUGACUACAAGGCAGUACGUGGGCAACCCUAUAGACUGUAUACACACGAAGGACAUUCCUGAGGACGUCUUGAACACGUAUUGCUGGAUACACUCGACUUAUACAUUGAAAAGUUUUUUCCACAAGAAAGUGGGUGUGGAAGUGCCGUACCCUGGUAUUGGCAACAGCCGCGAGAAGGGUAAGGAAGAUAUGAGUGACAUGAAAAUAUACAAGUACUACCAAUGGGUCUGCUUUUGCCUAUUUUUUCAGGCAAUGCUAUUUUACGCUCCGCGUUGGCUUUGGAAGUCUUGGGAAGGUGGGAAGAUCCGGGCUCUAAUGAUGGACCUGGACGUAGGAGUUUGCACCGAAAUUGAGAAGAAAACCAAGAAGAAGCUAAUAUUGGACUACCUGUGGGAAAAUUUGCGAUAUCACAACUGGUGGGCCUAUCGAUACUACCUCUGCGAAGGGCUGGCCCUUAUUAACGUUAUAGGGCAAAUGUUUUUAAUGAACCGCUUCUUCGACGGCGAGUUCAUGACGUUCGGUCUGGAUGUGAUCGCGUACAUGGAGUCAGACCAGGAGGACCGCAUCGACCCCAUGAUCUAUAUUUUCCCAAGGAUGGUCAAAUGCACACUGUUCAACAAGUUCGGGUCCUCCGGCGAGGUCGAGCGACACGAUGCCCUGUGCAUCUUACCGCUCAACGUUGUCAACGAAAAGAUAUACGUUUUCCUCUGGUUUUGGUUCGUCAUACUUGGUUUCCUCACUUUCAUUACCCUCAUAUAUCGAAUUGUUAUCAUAUUCUCCCCAAGAAUGCGCGUUUAUAUGAUGCGAAUGCGCUUCAGACUUGUUCGAAGAGAUAACGUUGAUACUAUCGUCAGAAGAAGCAAAAUGGGUGAUUGGUAUCUUCUCUACAUACUCGGUGAAAACCUGGACUCGGUCAUAUUCAGGGAUAUAAUGCACGAGUUCGCCAACAAGCUGAACCACAACUAUCAACAUCACAUUCACGGAGUUCCGGACGCG